AUGGCUCAACCGAUGGAUAGCAGUUCUGAAUCUGAUUUAAAGCAUUUAAUUGAUUGUAUCCAUUUUAUAAAUGGUUGUUGCAUGUUAAACGAUAAUUGCGGUUAUCGUCAUUGUCGUGAGGCUGCUGAACAAACAAAGCAUUGUACAAAAUGGCCAACAACAUGUCGUAAUACUGCAUGCCCUUAUCGACAUUGUGCAUUAACAUUUCAAGCAAUUAAAAAGAAACCGAACCAAAUAGUAGAAACACAAGUGAAUCAAUUUUGUCAACCGCAAUCACAAAUAUUACCAAUAAUACGACAAGAAGGUUUUAUAAGUUUCUUUUGGGAUAUUGAAAAUGUUCCUAUACCUAAAGGACAAAAACCUUUUGAUAUUGUUCAACGUAUUCGACAAAAAUUAGUUGUUGAAUCUGGUUUACAAGAAGCUGCUUUUUCUUGUUUUUGUAAUAUAUAUUCAAUAUCACAAGAUAAUCAACAAAGUUUACAUCAUGCAAAUGUUCGUAUUAUUCAUGUACCUGAUCGAAAACCAGGUGCUGUUGAUCGACAAAUUAUGCUUGAAUUAGAUCGUUUUGAACGUGUUCAUCGUCCACCAGCUACUGUUGUCUUGAUUUCUGGUGAUAUAGAUUUUGUUGGAAAACUAAAUGAUCUUCGUCAUCAAGCUGGAUUUCAAGUCAUUGUUAUACAUAAUAAACUAGCUAAAGAAGAACUAAAAGCAACAGUAAAUGCUCAUUAUCCAUGGGAAUUAUUCACUCAACAACAACAACAACAACAACAACAACAACAAUCAGUAAGAAUAACAAAUCAGUUAUAUCCAACUGGCAAUGAACGACCAAAUCGUAUGCGUCAUUCUAGUAGUUCUGGUAGUAUUCGUCGAAGAGAUCCAUCACCAUAUCCAUCUAAUAGACAAGUACCGAUUAUUAAUAAUCAAGAUAUACAAAAGUUAAAAUGUCCAAAAUGCCCAAGGGAAUUUGAAUCCAUUCAAAGUUUACAAUAUCAUCAAAAUACUAAAAAUCAUUUAUUCAAUUGUCCUGUUUGUAAGGAAACUUUUCUUACACAAACAGGUCAAAUUCAACAUCAAAAAGAUAAAAAACAUAAUGUUCGUGAUUAUAGAUGCAAUCAAUGUAAUCGGUAUUUUUCUAAAAUUGAAAGUUUAAAUCAACAUCAACAAGCUACUGGACAUAUAUCACCAUUGAUGCAAUUAACAGAUAAUAGAAGAUUUAGUCUUCAAGCAACUUCAUCACCAUUGUUACCUUCAAGUAAUCAUGAUGAAAAUAAGGAUGAUCAAGAUCCUAUGCUAAUUAUUCUGCGAGGUAUUGAAAGCAUAAAACAAUAUUAUGAAAAGCAUGGUUUAAGAAUUGAUUGA